GUCUCUCCUCUUUAUUUUGAGUGAGACUGCCGCCGCGAGAGGAAACCACAUCCUUAUUUUGUUUCUCGCUCUUAAGAGUCAUCGCCGCCUGAGCAGUUUUCAGUCGCAGUUUUAAAUUGCACAGCAAUGGAACUGUUCAAAGCGUCAAAGGUUACGGUGAUGACAGCCACUAUUUAUCCCAUUUCGUGCCUCCUCUGCUAUUGGGAGAGCCAUGUGCCGUCGACGCCAGCCGAUAAAUUCAUCCCGAAUUUGUUUUUAUCGACGCUCUUCUUGACGGUUUCGUCGACGCUUAUGAUUCUUGUAAUAAAAAUGCGUCAAUCCUACUUGAGUGAGGCAUUCGACAUGUACCCUGAUUUGCGACUGCAAGGCUGGAUGACCUUUGACCCAAAAUCAGUGAGCUGCCUCUCGACGUGGAUGGCGAUCGCCGGUAUCAUCUGCUCUGUAUGUGGGGCACACGGAGGAAUUGACCACCCGGCUGUUCACGAUACUUUUGUCAUCCUAGGAGGCGUAGGAACCACGUUUUACCUCACGGCUCAGGUGGGCCUCUCGUACACCAUGGGCGAGCUGACGGGCCGGAAAGUGUCUCGUUUCCGAAACUUCCUGCGCUGGUGCUGCUUGUUUGUGCUCACAGUCUGGAUGAUAUUAGUCAUUGUGGUGGCAAAUGAAGUCUAUAUGGAUAGGAAAAGCAUCAGCGACGAGUCUCUGAACGUGCUAAAGGUGGUUAAUCUCUUUGCGGAGGCCGCGGUGCUGUUGUUGCUCUCCGCGUUUGUCGCCUCUUUUGCACACGAGUUCGAGCAAGUCACCGUUCAGAUUGUAAAGGUAAAUUUACUCCAUCCCAAGGUGCACCGCGCGAAAUUAGAGAAGAAGAAAAUUUACGUUUCCUGUUAAAUUUGUCGAAAACGUUCAAUUAACAUACUAUUGGAAUUAUAUUCAUCUAGUCAUGAUUAAGGAAUUAUUAAUAAGAUAUCUGAUAAUAUAUGUAAUAAAAUAAUUAAUGUUCUUUUAUA